AGGGCAUGAGAUAAACCGUGGUGGAUUCAGAGGCAGUUGUUGGAUUGGCAUGGCUGUGUGCUGCUCAGCACUGCGAUCUACAUCCAUGAGGCUCCUGUCUGGACGUUUGGAUUCUCUCUACACAGCAACACAGCCUUGAUGCGGUGCUGGGCAGAGUAACAUUGAGCUGAGCUGUGUUUUCACAGCAUGUUGCAGGGCAUUGGGAGAUAGAGAGCGAAUAAUAGGGAGGGACAACCUUACCACAUGCUUGAGCGAUGUUCCGUGAGCUUCUCUCUCUCUCGUUUAAGACCAUCAGGCUUUUCUACACAGAGACCUGGGACUAAUGGAGGGAUGCAGUGAUGUUACUCUUUGCUUGUCAUGCUUGAAUCACAGCUUCAUAUAUCCUUUUGUGUCAGAGACCUUAUUGUCUUCGUCUGUCACUGCCGCCAGAUCAACUGUGUGGUAGCGUGGCGGACAGAGCCCCCUCCUCAACCCCCCUCUCCCUUGUCUGUGCCCCCGGCUUCUCAUCACUCCCAGCUCGCUCGUGUCUAUUUACCUCUCUCAAGCUACCCUCCCCUCUCUGUUAAGCUCCGUCUUUCUUGCUCUCCCGCUCCUUACUGCUUACUAUCUCCCUCUCUUUGCUCCUUCAAAGCAAGCAGUCUGCUAUUCUAUCCAAGCAGGUUGCUACAUGAUCUUCUGGAAAACAGUUUUUACCGCUGCUCUGCUUCCUCACAAUUCCUGAGCCCUUGCAGAUUCCCUUCUCAACAGCGGCAGGAUGUUCCUUCGCGAGGAUUGAUCCCCAUCCACCCCCUUUCACUUUCCCCUUCCCCUCCCUUGUCCUGAUCUCCUGCCCUCUGACCCUCACCUUCUUGUUCUCUAACCCCUCCCUCCCUCUCCUACUCGCCCUUACCCCGAGCCUAUUCCCCCCAUAAUUCAUUUCACCCUCUUGACCAUGUUGCCAUGCGUCUGCUGGCUCCAACUUAUCCUCAUCUUUCUGUCCUCUGCCUUAUGGACCCGGGGGGAAAACUGCCCAGUAGCCUGCCUGUGCCCAGAUCCUCACACUGUGGACUGCAGUGGCCGUGGGUUGACCCGUCUCCCUAAUGAGAUCCCCUUGGAUGUGCGCAGGCUAUUGCUGGCUGACAACUGGAUACCCCGCAUCCCCUCUGACUUCCUGGUUCUGUACAGUGACUUGGUCUACCUGGACCUCCGGAACAACUCCCUCUCCCAGAUAGAACCGGGGACUCUCAGCACCUCUUCCAGGCUGGUCUUCCUGGACCUAGGCAGCAACAAUCUGACUGAAAUCCCGAAGGGGACCUUUGGGGAGUCUCGGAGCCUGAUCAAACUACGGCUGGGCAACAACCCGUAUCUCAGCAUGGUGAAUGAGGAUGCCUUCCUUGGCCUCACCUCUCUGAGAGAACUGGAACUGGAGCGUAAUGCGCUGUCUACGCUACAGGUAGGGGCACUGAGUCAGUUGCCCUCCCUGCGGGCGGUGAGGCUCGAGGGCAACCCUUGGCUGUGCAACUGCAACUUUGCCAACCUGUUCGAUUGGCUGACGGAGAACAGUCACAAGCUUCCAAACGGGGUGGAAGGUAUGGAGUGCUCCCUCCCCAUGGACGGCAGACGUGUGUCCCUGACGCAGCUCUCCAAGGACAGCUUCCGUGAGUGCCAGGCCACGCUGACUCUAACAGACCUGCUCAUCAUCAUUUUCUCUGGCAUCUCAGUGUCCGUGGUGGCCAUCAUGACUAGCUUCUUCCUGGCGUCAACAGUCCAUUGCUUCCAGCGCUGGAGUAAAGGCGCCAAGGGAGACGAGGAGGAGAGUGAGGAGUGAGGAGGGCUUUAGUUUUAAGGGCCCCGCGUGGUCGUGGUACUCCAAACAAUGAGAGGACUCCGCUGACAGUGUGUGCUAGGUGUGACAAGUUUCACGCUGCCUCCUCCCCUGGUGAACAUCCAGGACUGUUUAAUGGAGCGUGCCCCGGGUGCGGUUGCAGUUUGUUUUCUUUGCACGUGAAAUGUGGUAACGAGGAACGAGCCAAAGUCCCGAUAGAAACGAGUGGGUGCCCUGCGCCACUUGAUGAUAUCAUAGAGAUCGUAUUUUUGGCCGUGAGAGCCUGUGGUCGUCCUUUAUGGCUACUGGCUCUCGGCUCAAUGUUGUAGGAACUACAUAAAUAUAGUGAGGUUAACACCUGUAUAAUGAAAGAGUCAAAUAUUUAAAUAUAUAUGUUAAAAAAAGACGUGCUGCUGAAGUGCUGUCACGUCAGUAGUAGACAAUGCGAUAACUUCUCAACCUUAGAAAUCCUGUAAAGUGGCAUCAAAGGCAACUUUUAGAUGAUUCUCGUGGGGUUUAAUCUGCGUAGAGCAGAUUACCUGAUCGCAUAUAUAUAUAUAUAUAUAUAUAUAUUAAAAAAAAGGAUGUCAUAACGACCAAUGACCUCAGUAAUUAACUGCCUAUAACAUGAUAUGCCUGCAUAUCCUGCCAUUUACGAUGUCUUUUGUUUGGACAGCCUCACUCACAUUCAAAAGUGUUCCACAAGCCACAACUGUUGGCAAAUACUGUUGUUUCUUCUGUGUGUAAAACAAGAUGGCGGCAUCAGUCGAGCAGGAAGGAUCGGGGUAAUGGAGAGAUGUUACCGUAUGUAGCCGAUGUGACGUAAGGCAGGAAGAGUUACCAGUCGCUCUACACACACUUUCUGCAGUAUAUUCAUUAUAUAACCACAAAUCGAUGUUCAAAAAACAAACAUUUAAAUCAAGAGGAUUUAUUGUAUGUUCCUAGAUUGAUAACUGUGACCUGUGUAGAAAGAUAAAAUAACAGUAUAAUCUUGAAAAUGAUGGAAAAUGGUGUUAAGGUAUAAUCUACGUAGAACUAUUGUGUCAAUUAACGCACUUUAUACGGCGAACCUAAUUGUGGCAAGCCCCUAAUUAACUAAGUAGACUGUUUUUUGUCUUCAUCUGCCAAAGACGAGGUUAAUGUGAAGGAGAGAUAAGUCUUAGAUAGGAGUACUUGCAUAAUAAGGACUUUGUUGUGAAUGAUGUGUUAUGUAGAGAGGUAGGGAUCGCUCCUCAACAGAAGGCAGCACUAUAGCCAAAUCACACUUUGUGUACACAUAUUAUACUCAAACAGUUAUGGUCUCCAAAGAUUAGCAAUUAACCAGCUGUCUUACUUUGCUUCACACGUGGCAGUCUUUAACCCCUGUUUCAACAGUCACCUCAGAACAAUUAGAUAAUUACUGUCCGAGUGUGGCGGGCCAGAGGUUAGUCUCUUCAGGAAUAAAUAGAGUUAGUUUUUUAGAUAUUGAUACAUCAUUCAGCGUAUUCUCAUUUGACUAAAUAUCUUGCAGUAAAGCUGAUGAGUUGAUAUCCUGGACAGGUCAUAACAGCAUUCACAAGAGCAACAGUGCAGUACAAUCUAGAUUCAAUAAAGCAGCACCCUGACGUUUACGGGCUGUGUUUGUUAUUUAUAUCCUGUAUGUUUAAAUCCUCCUCCAUUAGGAUUUGGAAUGCUCAAAGCUGGAGUGUUUUUUCCCCAAAGCAAAGGUAUGUCGCGUUGCUUCUCACAUUCUUGUAAGGCAUGAAUAAUUCAGAGGGAUUUAGAUAUGACCAGAUAUAAUGUCAAGCUUCUAAAUGCAAGCAGAUAAAAGAGUCCUGAGCAAAACAAAAAAAAGAGUUAGCAUCUCAAAAGAUAAACAGGAAUUCCAAACGCCUGUGUCCCUUAAGAACAAGUCAUAACCUUAAAUGUGCAGCAUUGUGAAGAACAUUUAGCAGAAAUGACAAGAAAUAAAUAUGGCCUUAUUUCUUUUUGUUGUUUUUCAUUCUUAUCAAUAAAAGCACAACGGUUUCACAGGAAUGUGAUUGUAGUACGCUCUUUUUAAAGCAGGUGUCACAUCACGUGUUGGUACCGUCCUGUAUUGUCACAUUAUGUUUUCAUUAACGUGUAUUGUCACAUGUUGUGUCUUCAUAAACAGUGUGAGAUUUGUACUA